CAAGACAAUUUCUCAAAUAUGGGGGAGUUCCAUGUCGAGGACACGUAUGUGAUGAAUACCGCACCAAAAGAGCCAAUAGCGGAAAAGCCAGUGGAAGGUGGGGAUGCGGAUUCUGCGACAGCUACGCAGGAGCAGGGUGCUACAACCGAGCGACAGGGGCAGGCGGUCGUGCUGGCCCAGCAAAAUCAAAUCCUCAACGAACUGGCGAAACGCGUUCAUCAGGCGCCUAUCAGAAUCCGCCGGAAAGAGGGAAAAGAAAAAAAUCGAUAG